AUGCUGUCUACAUUAAGCGCAGUAUAUGAUCCGCUAGAUGCUAGUUCAAAUGGUUACGGUCAGUGUUCAUACGUUCGCCUUUUCAACUUUAAACAUCAAGUACAUUGUGCUCUGGUUAUUGGUAAAUCUCGAGUGGUUCCGUUAAAGCCCAUUACGAUUCCCAAGUUAGAGCUUACGGCUGCAGUAAUCGCCGUGAAUAUCAGUGCAAUUUUGAGAGAUGAACUUGAGUAUUCCGAUAAAAAUGUCACUGAGUAUUUCUGGACCGAUAGUAACGUAGUACUAGGUUAUAUUGCGAAUGAUUCCAGUCGUUUUCAUGUGUUUGUGGCUAACAGAGUACAACAGAUUCGCGACAACACCGAACCAUUUCAGUGGUAUUAUGUCAGUUCUACCGAAAAAACAACCGACAUUGCUUCUCGUGGAGCUACACCGAUCAAAUUAAGAGAAUCAAAGUGGUUUACGGGACCAUAUUUCUUAUGGAAUGCGGAACACGUAGUCAGAAAGGAAUUAUCGGAUACGUUUAAACCGUUAUUGAAUGACCCGGAAGUUAGAAAAGUUAAAGUUAUGUCUACAAGUACUUGUUUACCUCCUCCUGCGUCCAUACUUGAACGUUUAGAAUACUUUUCAGAUUGGAACAGAGCUUGA